GAUGGUCACGAGAAGUCGUUUUUCACAUGUACAGGGUAUUUUUUUUUCUACUUUUCAGUUACUCAGAUUCGCAAAACGGUACAAUAUCGAAGUUUCAAGAUUUACAAACUUGAUAGUGAUUUUUUUUCCUAGCGAGCCGGUGAUUGGGUGGUUUGGCAUCGUGUCUGGGCUAAAAAUACCUCACGCCAAAUUCGUCAAGUGAACUAACAUUAGCUACCUACUGAGGAACAAGAUAGCCACGGCGCAGCACAAAAUGGCAGAGGCCGUGGUUAACGUGGCCAGGAGGGUCAACGCAACCGUGGAAGAAGGACGCGAUCACCUGGAUCUGUCCAACUGCAAACUAAUCUCAUUCCCGGAUGGAGUUUUCAAGGUUCUCAACACCGUCUCAGAAAACAUCAGAGUCAUCACACUAGCGGACAAUGAGAUGAAGGCCAUUUCCAGCAAGUUCUUUUCCACGUUCACACAACUGAGAGAACUGGACCUUCACGGAAACGUUCUCACCAAACUGCCUGACUCUUUGGAGGAAAUGAGGCACUUGACCAGCAUAAACCUGGCCAAUAACAACUUCUCCACGUUCCCCGAGAAGCUGACGCAAAUAGCCACACUGGAGCGGAUCAACUUGGAGGGGAACAGCAUCACUGAAAUCCCACUCGAGAAGUUGUCCGCAAUGCCCGCUCUCAAGUGGCUCAACGUGAUGUCGAAUCCUCUGGCUUCAAACACUCUGUCAGCUCUGACUUCGCCACACAAAUUUGAAAUUUUAUCACAAAGGGAGUCGUGAAACAAUCAUGUGUGCUUUGCAUGGCAUGUGCCUUUGAAAAAAAAGCUCCCUUUGACUCUUUAGUCUGCUUGGAAAUAAGGAUCCUUUGUUCCCUUUUCUAUGAAUUAAGAACAAAUAAAACUGCUGGAUUUUUUAAAUCAAUAACUUAUUACAUUUUGUUUUAUAAAGGUAUUUUUCCUCCGA